AGUCCACAUCUCAACAGCGCUGUGCUGCCCCAUCGACACAGUGAUCACUCGGAGCUUUGCUUUGCCAAUGUCGAAGGUCGCUGCGCUCAGCUUUGCCCUAGCCAUCGACGCCGGUCAUGGCUUUGUGGUCCCUGCUCGUAUCUUUGAGCCCCUCCAGGCGUCCGCCGCAGCCCCCCCACAGACGACGGCAGCUGCGACAGCGACAACCCCGGCACCUGCGAUGGGAGACGCCACCAUCUAUGGCACCGCAAUGAUGGCUACUGCAGCUGCUGGAGUCUUGGCACGGGGCAAGCGUUCAAAGGUGACCAGGAAAGCCUUGCAUGGCAUCAAGUUCCCAUACUCCUUGCAGAAGGAUUCCCAUGCUGACUUGGAAUUCCUGAACGAUGUGGGCUAUUUGCCUGACGGAACCCC